AUGUCGCACAAGUACCCUCCAGUCCAGGGAGGGGGCUCCAUGAUAGUCGCUUGGCAAGUCAAAGAUAAACAUGUCCUAGUGGUCGGUGGUGGUGAGGUAGCUGCAGGCCGCAUUCUCCACGCCCUGAACGCCGACGCCAAAGUAACAGUCGUCUGUCCUCGCUCAGGUCUUAAUGACGAAGUCGCUUUCCGUGUAUCCGAGGGCCAAGUCACGCAUGUCGAUCGCACAUUUGAGCCGGAAGAUCUAGAAGGAGCAGAUAUGGUCCUUUGCGCCAUUGAUGACCCUGACGCCUCGUCUCGCGUCUGGAAACUGUGUAAGGAGAAGCGAAUACCUGCCAACAUAGCCGAUGUGCCCGCAGAGUGCGACUUCUACUUUGGCAGCAUGUACCGUAAUGGACCACUGCAAGUGAUGGUGAGCACGAAUGGGAAUGGACCUAAACUUGCAAGUAUCAUUCGGAAAAAAAUUGCAGCAUCAUUGCCCGACAACAUGGGUGCAGCCAUAGAAAACGUGGGCAAACUACGCAAGAAACUACGCGAGGUCGCUGCCAGGCCAGAGGAGGGGCCCAAGAGAAUGAAGUGGAUGUCCGGGGUUUGCGAGUCAUGGAGUCUCGAAGAGCUCGUCAAAAUGAACGAACAGGAUAUGGAUAGUCUUCUUACUUACUUCGAAUCUGGCAAGAUUCCGUCUUAUAAUGAAGUCCAUUCCAGCUAG